UUAUCGUGUUUGACGUUUGUGGAAGGAAGAGUACUGAUUAUUUACAAUAUUUAAGAUCUUCAAAGUUCGAAGGAAUACGUAAAUGACAAUGGACGCCAACGUAGAUGAUGAUGAAACACAUAGCGAAUUGGAAUGUCCAGAAAAUAGACAAUAUAAUGCAGAGGAAGAUUUUUCGGAAGAAAAUACAGAUGAAUCAUCUGUAUCUACUGAAAGCACUUUUGAUUUGACAUUACCAGCAACACAUUCUUAUUUAGGACAUAACUUGGAAGAACUUAGAGGAAGGACAAUAUUGGGUGAUUGGCUUUAUUUGAAUUUACCAUUGCUAGUGAAACAGUCUGUAAUGUUAUUUCCUGGGCAAACAUUACCAAUGACAGUAUUUGAUACACAAACCAUUGACAUGAUAAAAACUUGUAUUGAAAGUGAUAAAACAUUUGGUGUUGUAUAUUUGGGACAUGAUAGAAUGGUACCGAUAGGCACAACUGCAGAAAUUUAUGAGUGCAUGUAUGAUCUUGGACAAGGUUUCCGUUUGAAAGCUAAAGGUAGACAAAGAUUUAAGAUCCUGAAAGUUAUAAUUCACGGCUAUGGUAGAAUAUCAGCCCACGUAAAAGUUUUACCAGAAGUAACACUUGGACCACCAUUUUUGGAUGAACGUUUAGCUUCGUUAGAUCACUUACGAAUACAUCCGAAAAACGAUGAUGAUUUUAAGAAGCAAGAAAAAGUAGAAAAUUUAGAUGCUGCAGUAACUACUUGGCCUGCUUGGGUGUACAGGCAAUAUGAUCCUUUACGACUUUCAUUAAAAAUACGACAACGUUUGCAAUUUAUCGAAAGCAAGGGAAGUAACAUACCAGAACAUCCUGUAUAUUUGUCAUUUUGGGUUGCCCAAAACUUGUUCAUAGAUGAUGAUGAACGAAUCGUCUUACUAAAUUAUGAUUGUGCAAUUUCAAGGUUACAAAGAGAAGUUAAAUAUCUUGUAGAGGACAAAAUAUUUGUUUGUUGUAAUUGUGAUUCCUACAUUGGAAGACAAUCACAUAUAUUUCCAAUGAGUAAGGAAGGCCCACAGGGUACCUAUUGUAAUCCUUCUGGAAUUAUACAUGAAACUGUUACUUUAUAUCACGCGCAAGGGCUUACGCUAAGUGAAGAUCCACCGUCAAUAAAUUAUACAUGGUUCCCAGGAUAUGCUUGGAUUGUGGCAACAUGUAAACAUUGUGGUGAUCAUAUGGGUUGGAAGUUUACAGCAGUUCAGAAUAAUUUAAAACCUAAGGCGUUUUGGGCCUUGGUACGUAAGAGUUUGAAAAACAAAGAAAAGUGAGCAAACCAAAAAUUCUUUAAAUACAUUAGAUCGGAAGAUUCGGUGAUUAGUUUAAAAAACCCGGUGCAUAUUUCCAAUAGUUUGUUAGCGUUGUAUGACCACGCGCAAUUGUUUGUGCUGCUCAAUUUCUGUGAGCUUUCAGUAGUGAUAAUAUUAAUUUUCCACUAUCAAAGAAGACUAUAAAACACACUGAAACAGUUAUUUACUGUGAGCUUUCAAUCGACUGAAGUACAGUAUAUACAAAUUUCAACAUCUGAGUGUAUAUAGAAU